AUGCAAAAGGAGAUUAAAAAGCUACCAAAAAAGUUAACUCCGAAAUCUAAAUCAACCUCUGUCACUCAAAAGGCAACCCAAACUAAAGUAGAAAAAGCAAAGGAUCCAAAGUCAAAUUCAACCAAGAUAAAGAAGAAAGAAGUGAAGAAUUCGAAGAAAAUUAUAAACAAACCUAAAAACGGAAAACUUAAGCCAAGCAAAAAUAAAGUGGCUAAAGCUAAGUCAAAGACGACCAAGAAAGAUGGUAAAAAGAAGUCAAAUAAGAAUAAGGCGACUAAAGCUAAGUCAAAGAACAGGAACAAAGUACUUAAAACUAAGACAAAGCAGAUAAAGGAAGUCACUAAAAAUAAGUCAGGGAAUAAGAAGGUUAAAACAAAGGUUAUAAAAAAAGUACUCAAAAAUGUGUCAAAGAAAAAGAAAAAGGCUGACACUAAGUCAAAGAAUAUUAACAAAGUAAUCAAAAAUGACCCAAGGAAAAAGAAAGUGGAUAUAAAGAUAAACCUCAAAACUGAAUCUAAGAAACUCAAAGUUAAACCUAUAAGCAUAAAAUUAAAACAACCAACAACAAAGAAGCUCAUUGCUAAGCUGAAAAAAGUUAAAAAGAUUGCAACAAAAAAACUUCUUAAUCAGCUUAAGAAAGUGAAAGUAGCUGCAACCAGUAAACUCAAUUUGAAGCUUCAGAAAAUAAAAAAGACACAAUCUAAGAAACUAAAAGAUGAGCCUAAGAAGAUACAAAAGGCUGAAACAAAGAAGCUUAAUACUGUGAUUAAAAAUAUGAAAAAAGUUGAAAAAGGGAAAUUAACUGACAAGCUUAAGAAAAUAAAACAGGAUGAAACAAACAAACUCAAUGUUAAGCUCGAAAAAAUAAAACAACUUAAAACAAAGGAACUCAAAGCUGAUCGUCAGAAGAUCAAAAAGACUGAAGCAAAGAAUAUCAAAAAUGUGCUGAAGCAAGUGAAAAAAGCUGAAGUAAAGAAACUCAAUACCAAGCUUAAAAGCAUAAAACAGGCUAAAACAGAGAAUCUUAAGGUAAAAAUUGAGAAGAUCAAAGAAGCUGAAACAUCAAAAAUCAAAACUAAACCUAAGGAAAAACAACAGGCUAAAAUAAAAAAACUCAACACUAAGUUGGCGAAAAUAAAGCGGGUUGGGACAAAGAAAAUAAAUGCAGCACUUAAACAAAUCAAACAGGUGAAAACAAAUAAAAUCAGUGCAAAGAUAGAGAAAAUAAAACAGGCUAAAAAAGAGAAACUCAAAGCUAUACCUAAGAAGAUAGAGAAGACUCAAUCAAAGCUUAUCAAAGCCAAGCUAAAGGAAAUAAAACAGGAAGAAAUAAAGAAACUCGAUACCCAACUUAAGAAAAUAAAACAAGUCAAAACACAGUCUCUUAAUGCCAAGCUUGAUAAGAUCAAACAGUCGGAAAAAACCAAUAUCAAGACAGAGCCAAAAGACAAACAACAAACUAAAAUAAAGAAACUUAAUACAAAGAUUAAGGAAAUAAAACAGGUGGAAAAAAAGAAAAUAGGUGUUAAGCUUAAUGAAAUAAAACAAGCCCAAAAACAUGAACUCAAUGCAAAGCUUAAGAAAAUAAAGAUGGCUGCAAAGAAUCUCGACACUAAGCUUAAGAAAACAAAACAAGUUGAAACAAAGAAACUAACUGCUAAGCUUAAAGACGUAAAAAAGAAUAAAAUGAAAGACCUCAAGGAAAAACUUAAGAAGGUAGUACAGGUCGGAACCAAAAAAAUCAAAGCAAAACCUAAGAAAGUACAGGCAGUUAAAAGAAAAGAGCUCAAGGCUAAAGUUGAGAAAUUAAAACGAGUUGAAACAAAGAAAGUCAAGGAUAAGAUUAUAAAGAUGAAGAAAGUUGAAACAAAGAAAAUCAAAGCUAAGCUAGCGAACAUAAAACAGGUUGGAACAAAGAAAAUCGUGAAGAAGCUGAAGAAAAUGAAAAGUAAACCAACUGUUAUUAGUACAGCUGCUACGGGAAAAAAGCAAGUCAAAUUAAUUAAGAAAAUAAAACAGGCUAAAAAGAAUCUCAAAACUGAGAUCAAGAAAGAAAAACAGGUUGAAACAAAGAAACUAAAUGCUAAGCUUAAAAUCAUAAAACAGGAUAACAUGGAAAAAGUCGAUAAAAAACUUGAGAAGGUAAAACAGGUCGAAUUAAAAAAAAUCGAAGCAAAACCUAAGAAAGUGCAGGAAGUUAAAAAAAAAGAACUUAAGGCUAAACUAAAGAAAUUGAAGCAAGUUGAAACAAAGAAAGUCAAAGAUAAGAUUGUAAAGAUGAAGAAAGUUGCAACAAAGAAAAUCAAGGCUAAUAUAGAUAAACUAAAACAGGUUGAAACAAAGAAAAUAAAGAAAAUGGUGAAGAAAACGAAAAGUAACCCUAUUGUUAUUAGUACAGCUAUUACAGGAGGAAAGAUAAAGUCUUUGAUGUCCCAACCAACUAAAUCAGUGAAACUUAAUACUAAAGCAAAGAAUCUAAAAUCAGACAUACAGGCAAUACUUAAAGAAAAAACAAAGACAUCAAUUAAACCAAAGAUUAAACCAAAGACAUCAAAACUCAUUCAAAAAAUGAAACUGUCAACAAAAAUUGAGAAAAUCAAACAACCAGAAUCAGAGAAAAUCAAAGAAGAGCUAAGUAAAUUGAAACAAGAAGUUAAAACAAAGAAGCUCAAAGCUAAGCUUAAUCAAAUAAAAGAAGUUAAAGCAAAAAAAAUCGAAACCAAACUUGAGAAGAUGAAACAGACUAAAACUAAAAAACUCAAGACUGACCUUAAAAAGAUGAAACAGAAAGAAACAAAAUUACUCAAAGCUAAGAUUAAAGAGUUGGGACAGACAAAAACAAUGAAACUCAAAGCUAAGAUUAAGAAGAUGGGACAGGCAAAAACAAAGAAACUCAAAACAAAGCUUAGGAAGUUGGAAAAGGAAAAAAUGAAGAAACUCAAAGUUGCGGUGAAGAAAUUAGAGAAGGCUACCGAAAAGAAACUCCAAGUGGCGGUGAAGAAAAUAAAAAAGGCUAACAAAAAGGCACUCAAAGCCGAACUAAAGAGAAAGCAAGCUACUGAACAAACGAAAAAUGAGACCAACGUUCAACAAAAGAAAGCAUUAAAUAAGAUGAUGAAAAUGAUUACAACGUUGAAAGUUAAGCAAAAACAAAUUGACUUAAAACCAGUAGCUGUCAAGUCUAAAACGAGCCUUAAAGAUAAAUCUGAAAUGAAGAAGAAACCUUCAAAAAAAGGAGUGGUUCAUAUUGUGACGAAACUAGUCAAAGGUAAAGCUUUAAAUAAAGAAGCUGUAGAAGGAAUACUUGAACCAGAAAAGACUAACGGAAGUAUUUCAAUAAAAGUUGGAAAUAAAACGAAAAAAUCUAAAGAGAAAGCAGUGGAAAAAUUGUUGAAGAAACUCGAAAAGCACUGA